CCCGGUCGCCCGCAAAAGGACCCGGUCGCCGCAAAAGGCCCGGUCGUCUGCGAAGGACCCGGGCCACCUGCAAAAGCACCCGGCGGGCAUCCGCAAAGGAACCGGCGGUGGUGACCGUCCCGCAGGCCCCGGCGGGCCGCCGCAUCUGGUCAGGCUGGAGUCGGCGGCCCCGGCGGCCCCUUCCCCCCCCCCGGGGGAGAUGAAGAAGUUCUUCGACUGUCGGCGGGAGCAGGGGGGCUCCGGGUCCGGUGCCCAGCGGAGGAGGAGGAGGGGGAGGAGGAGGAGGACGGAGGGCGGCAGCGGCUUCGUCGACGGGUCUUCGCCGUCGGAAGGCAACCAGGUCACGGUGGACGAGGUCCUGGCCGAAGGCGGCUUCGCCAUCGUCUUCCUGGCGCGGACCGGCAACGGGGUGAAGUGUGCCCUGAAGCGGAUGUUCGUCAACAACGACCACGACCUCCAGGUGUGCAAGAGGGAGAUCCAGAUCAUGAGGGAUCUGUCGGGGCACAAGAACAUCGUCGGCUACAUCGACUCCAGCAUCAACAGCGUGAGCAGCGGCGACGUCUGGGAGGUCCUCAUCCUCAUGGACUUCUGCCGCGGAGGCCAAGUGGUGAAUCUGAUGAAUCAACACCUGCAGACGGGCUUCACGGAGGCGGAGGUCCUGCAGAUCUUCUGUGACACCUGUGAGGCCGUCGCCCGCCUCCAUCAGCGGAAGGUUCCCAUCAUCCACCGCGACCUGAAGGUGGAGAACAUUCUGCUGCACGAUCGGGGCCACUACGUCCUGUGCGACUUUGGCAGCGCCACCAACAAGUUCCAGAACCCCCAGGCCGAAGGCGUGAGCGCCGUGGAGGACGAGAUCAAGAAGUACACCACGCUUUCCUACCGAGCGCCCGAAAUGAUCAACCUCUACAGCGGCAAAGCCAUCACUACCAAGGCGGACAUUUGGGCCAUGGGCUGCUUGUUGUAUAAAUUAUGCUACUUCACCCUCCCCUUCGGAGAGAGCCAGGUGGCGAUCUGCGACGGGAACUUCACCAUUCCCGAUAAUUCUCGGUAUUCCCAGGACAUGCACUGCCUCAUAAGGUACAUGCUGGAGCCCGAUCCCGACAAGAGGCCGGAUAUUUAUCAGGUGUCCUACUUUUCCUUUAAGCUGGUCCGGAGAGAGUGCCCGGUUCCGAACGUCCAGAACUCUCCCCUGCCCGCGAAGCUUCCCGAGCCCGUGAAGGCCAGCGAGGCGGCUGCUAAAAAGACCCAGCCCAAGGCCAGACUCACGGACCCGAUCCCCACGACGGAGACGUCGAUCGCCCCCCGCCAGAGACCCAAGGCGGGCCAGACGCAGCCCAGCGCGGGCAUCCUCCCCAUCCAGCCGGCCCUCACGCCGCGCAAGAGGCCGGUGGUCCAGCCCGCCGCUCCGUCCGCAGGCCCCUCGGCCCUGGCGAUGGGUCAGCCCGGACUCACGGCCGGCGGUCAGCCCCAGGCGCCGCCCAAGCAGCCUCCGCCGCCCGCCGCCUCCCACCCGCCGCCCGCCGCCCAGCCCCCGGCCCAGAGCACGCCCCAGCGCCAGCCGCAACUCUUCCUGAAGCCGCAGCCGCAGCAGCAGCCGCAGCCUCAGCUGGGCCAGCAGUUCCAGGCCCUGCAGCCUACGGCGGCGGCCUUCCCCGGGGCGUCUCAGGGCCCCACGCCGUCGCCGAUGCCCAACUUCUACCCGCCGCCGCCGGGCCCCCACCCCGGCCUGCGGCAGAAGCCCGCCGGCCCCCCGAAACAGCAGCCCCAGCCCCAGCCGGCCGCCCCCCAGGAACCGACGAAACAGGUUCCCCCCCGCCAGCAGCAGCAGCAGCAGCCGCAGCCCCCGCCGCCUCAGCCGCAGCCGGCCCGGGCCUCGGCCUCCCCGCCUCCCGGCCUCCAGGGCCAGAAGCUGGGCUCCCUGACGCCGCCGUCCUCCCCGAAGGCCCAGCGGGCCGGCCACCGCCGCAUCCUCAGCGACGUGACCCACAGCGCCGUCUUCGGGGUCCCCGCCAGCAAGUCCACCCAGCUGCUGCAGGCCGCCGCCGCCGAGGCCGGCCUCAACAAGUCCAAGUCUGCGACCACCACUCCUUCGGGCUCGCCGCGGACCUCCCAGCAGAACGUCUAUAACCCUCCCGACGUCUCCACCUGGAACCCCUUCGACGACGACAAUUUCUCCAAACUCACCGCCGAGGAACUUCUGAACAAGGACUUUGCCAAGCUGACCGACGGCAGACCCCCCGAGAAGCCGGCCGGCCCCAGCGAGACGCCCUGCGCCGGCCCCCCGCCGCCUCCGCCCACCCCUCAGCCCGACGCCUUCCGGCCCGCCGCCUUUCCCGCCGGGACCGCGGAAAAGACGAAAGAAGCGGUGGGCGUGGACGCCGGCCCCCCGCUCCUGAACGUGUCGCCGGCUCCUUUCGUUGCCGCCCCCCCGUCCGACGCUCCAGAAAAACUGAUUGAGUGUCUCAAAUCUCCCGAGACUUCGCUUCUGCUUCCCGAACUCUUGCCUCUGACGGAUCCCUUCGGUAGCGCCUCGGACGCUGCGAAUGGCAAAGCGGAGGUGGUCGUGGAGAGCCUCAUCCCGGGCCUGGAGCCCCCGAUGCCUCAGCGCCUCUUGUCUCAGACGGACUCCGUCACGUCAAACCGAACAGACUCUCUGAAGGGCGAAGACUCUCUGCUCGACUGCUCCCUGCCCUCCGACCCCGCCGCCGACCUCCUGGAAGAGUUCACUCCCAUGCCCGUCUCCGCCUCGGCUCACAAAGCCUCAGAAGAUAGUAAUCUGAUAGCAGGCUUUGACACCCCCGAGGACUCUGAGAAGUUGGCAGAAGAUGAAUUUGAUCCAAUCCCCGUAUUGAUAUCCAAAAACUCCCAAGGUCUCCAGAGAGCGCCCGUCGUCGUCCGAGGAGCCGGCGGGCGUGAGGGCGGCGGGCCCCCAGCCGCUCUGGGACCCCCGGGCGGCCCCGGGCCGACGCACCACCUCGAGGCGGACUUCCUGGCCCGCGGGGGCCCUUCCGGUCACAGCUCGUUCCACAGCAGCGAGGAAGAAGGGCCCGACCCCGAGGGAGACGUGUUGGACUCCAGCGGGUCCCGCCCUUUGCUCAUGGACUCGGAAGAGGAGGAGGAAGACGAGACGCCGCCGACGGCCCGGGGGUCGUCCCCCGCGACCGCCGCCGCCCCCCGGGAAGGCUCCCCCGGGGCGGAGGGGGGCGGCCCCGGCGGGCCGGACGUCUUCGCCACGGCGCCUUUCCGGUGGUCCGGGGCGGCGGGCCGCGACGACGACGACGAGGGAGACGUGUUCAGCCGAGCCCCGUUCUUGGGCCGGGGCGGGCGGGCCCGGGAGGCGGACGUGUUCCUCGGGGCCCCGUUCGCCAAGAGGGAGGGCCCGGAGGAGCCCCCCGCCCGGACGGCCGGACCCCCUUCCCGAUCCGGCCCGGCCGCCGCCACCGGCCCGGAUCCCGGGGGGCCCGCGGCCGCCGCCAAGGCCUUCCGCCCGCAGGCCCUGGCCAAGUAUUCCCGGCACUACGGCCCCGAGGGCCCGGCCGCCUGCAGAGUCGGGCCGGCCGGAGCCGGAGCCGGGCCGGUCCGCUCCCUCCCCCGCCGGACUACAGAGCCGGCCCCCGCCGACCCCUUCGCCUCCGCCCCUUUCCCGUCCAGAUCGGGCAGGCACAAGCCGUAA